AUGAAGUUUCUUCCUGAUGUUGCCAUGUUUAACGAAAUUCGGCAGAUGAACAUUCGUCAAUUGUUCUACCAAUGCCUCAACUUUGCCAUGGUAGUGUCGUCGGCAUUGAUGAUUUGGAAGGGAAUGAUGGUGGUUACUGGAUCAGAUUCGCCAGUUGUUGUUGUGCUCUCUGGGUCAAUGGAACCAGCAUUCUACAGAGGAGAUCUUCUCCUUCUCACAAAUGAUCUCGAGGACCCAGUUCGUGUCGGAGAUAUCACCGUUUUCAAGGUUGAGGGAAGAGAGAUUCCAAUUGUGCAUCGAGUCAUCAAGGUUCAUGAGAAAUCUUCGGACGACACCAAAAUUCUCACAAAGGGAGACAACAAUCAAGUCGACGAUCGUGGUCUCUAUGCACCAGGACAGCUUUGGCUUAGCCGUUCUGAUGUUGUUGGCCGCACAAAAGGACUUCUCCCAUACGUCGGAAUGGUGACAAUCAUCAUGAACGACUAUCCGAAGCUGAAAUACGCCGUUCUUGCUUUCCUCGGGCUCUUCGUCUUGCUCCACAAGGAAAACUAG